AUGAACAUUUUAAAUCAUCAUGAUAUUAAUAUUCUGGAUCUACCAGAUGAAAUAUUACUUGCCAUUUUCAAUAAACUGAAUACGAUCGAUAUGCUCUAUUCAUUGGCAGAUGUAAAUCAGCGAUUUGAUCGACUAGCACUUAAUUCUCUCGUUAUUCAUCAUCUCAAUUUUGUGACUAAACACGAUGAUAUUCAUCAUUCUUCAGUAGAAAUUGAUAUUCUUUCACGAAUUUGUUCGAAAAUUUUACCUCGAAUUAAUGAGAAAAUAAUCAAACUCACUCUUGAAUCACAUUCUAUGGAACGUGUUAUUAAUGCUGUUGAUUAUCCUCAACUCCGUUCAUUAUCAUUAGUCAAUUAUCAACCGAAAAUACUUUUACGACAUUUAUCAGAUAAAACAAUGUCACAUCUUCUUACUAAUCAAAUUACACAUAUGAUUAUCGAGAUUAAUAAUGAGAAUGUUACAAUACCGACUAGACAUGAAGCAGAUAUAUUUGCAAUCAUAUUAUUAAUUUGUAAACGUUUAAGUGAUUUGACUUUUCUUCUAACGUCCUCAGAAGAAUAUCUAACAAUUUUAUUGUUGAAUAUUUUAUAUGGAAAUUCUUUUUCUUCAAACCUCACUAAAUUAACAAUAAAUGUCAAUAGUUUUGAUGAUUGUCUUUAUCUUCUUAAUGGAUGUCUCGAAUCUUUAUCUACAUUUAUUAUUCGUAUCAAGAAAAUUACUCGUUCAUUAUCGGAAAUAGAUAAUACAAAAAAGCUUUUCAAAUUAAAACAUUUCUCAUUAGCAACAGAUUUUUAUACACGUUGUUAUGAUACAGAAAUUGUUCCAUUACUUCGUCGAAUGUUAAAUCUUGAAGAAUUAACAUUAUUUCUUUCAGUAGUAACAAGUAAAUCGACUUAUAUUGAUGGUAAUCAAUUAUAUGAUGAAGUUCUUAAUUAUAUGCCACAACUAAAUAAAUUUAUCUUCAAUAUACACACUCGCAUUAUGAACAAUUUUAAUUUCAACAAUAAUAUUAAAAUUGAUCUUCCAUCGAAUGAUGAUAUUCGAAAUAGUUUCAUUAAAAGAGGAUUCAAAUCAAUUGAUACAUGUGCUGAUGAUAAACUUAUUAAUGAUCGAGCCAAUUGUCAUGUUUAUUCUCUUCCAUAUCAAUUCAACGAAUUCUUGUUUAUGAAUAGUUGUUUUCAAGGUGGAAAAUUCGAUAAAGUUCGAUUAUUAACAAUGUUUGAUAUACGUCCAUUUGAACAUGAAUUAUUCAAAAUCAUCUCUCAAGACUUUCCUUCUCUUCAACAAUUAGAAAUAUAUAAUAAUCAUCGACAAAUGAAUAAACACCAUCAUUCAUUUACAUUAAUUACAUUUAAUCAUCUGUUUAAACUCGAUUUUAACGGUGUACACAAGGACUACGUUAUACAGUUUCUUUCUGAUAAAAAGACCCGUUUACCUUGUUUAACAAAUCUCAUAAUUGAAUAUAAAACAUUAGUAACUGUAACAAAUAAUUUUACCAAUGAUGCAACACGUCUCAAUUGUUCUAAAAUUAAAUAUCUAGUUACAUAUGAACCGUUUGUUCGUUCACAAAAUUUUGUUUCAUAUUUUCCUUCUCUGUAA